AUGUCCAACGACGCGAAGGGGAUGAAGUUCCCUGACGUCUCAGCAAAGCUGUCCGCGCUUCCCAAGAAAUCCCUUUUCGAGCGCCAGAAGGCCGAGUUAGAGGCCAAACGUGCACGCGAAAAAGAAGAGACAGAUGCGGUUUAUCAGGAUUUUGUCAAGUCGUUUGAGGAUGAGGCACCGGUUGCACCACGAUCGCUUGAGGGAAUGAAUUCAUAUGGUCGGGGUGGUCCUCCCAGGCGACACUUCCCAGCUUCCUCGUUGCGCCAUAGUGGUCCUGGGACUUUAGGCCCUGCGCCAUCAUCUCUUUCCCACAAACGUGCCCACACAACCUUCCCUCCCUCUCAUCACGACCACUCUAAAUUUGCAAAUACGCUUACUCCCUCUGAAGGUGACAGAACACUCGAGGAGGAGAGAGCAGCCGCGAAACCCACUUUACUUCUUGCGUCGCUCCCUCCCGGUACCUCCGUGUCUGUGAUCAAGGCUUUGAUUUCCCCGACCCUGAGCGUGGACAGUGUCAAGAUUCUAGGCCAACCCGAGCAAACCGCUACCGAACGCAAGACAUCUUCUGCACUCGUUACCCUUGCGAGUGACUCGGCCGCCUCCCAGAUUGAUGCAACCGUCAGUGCCCUUCAGAAGAAGUACCUUGGCUUCGGGCACUACUUGAGCAUCUCUCGCCACCUUUCUUCUGCUGUGCUGCAUUCACAUAUACCUUCCUCGUCGACUGCUUCUCUUCCCUUCGGUGCCAAACCUACCAUGCCGAACCCCGGCACUAGUUUGAGUCGGGCCCCACCACCAGGCCAACACCCCGGGGGAUUCGCGCCUCCAGCCUCCUAUGGACCCCAUGUUGGCAGGACUGGCCCAACUACUCAGAUCGAGGUCACCCUGCCGUCGGACAUAAGAGAACUGAGACUCAUUCACAACACGAUCGAGCGUAUUCUGAAAGAGGGCCUUGAGUUUGAGACACUGUUGAUGAGUCGAUCAGAGAUUCAACAGGAUGAGAAGUGGUCUUGGUUGUUUGACGCAAGGUCGCCUGGCGGUGUAUACUACAGAUGGAAAUUGUGGCAAGUCAUGACGGAUCCUAAGAGACGAAGCAUGAACAAGCCGGCCAUGAUCUUGGAAGACGGUCUUAAGUGGAUAGCCCCCAAGAAGGAUGUCCUAUUUGAGUACGUCACUCGCAUGGACGAAUUCGUGGAGCAUCCCGACUACGACUCAUCUGACGAAGAAAACUCGGAUGGGGAACCCGACAAUGCAGACAACGAUGGUCCCAACUACAUGACUCCUUUGAAGAAGGCUAAGCUGGUUUGGCUUCUUGCCCGACUUCCCACGACUCACGCAAAGCUUCAGCUAAAGCAGACCGCCGGAAUCACACACUUUGCAAUCACCCACGCAGGAACAGGCGCAAACGAGGUUGUGGACGUGAUCAUUCGAAAUGUUCUCAACCCUGUAGUUUACUCGGCGGCCAUUCCACAUCUUGACCUGGAGAAUAAUAUCGCCGAUCUCGAGGGGUCAGCCAUGGACAAUCCAGCCUCUAAGGAGUUAUUGGAUACCUCCCCUGCGAAACUCGUCGGUCUUUACGUCAUCUCUGAUAUCCUUUCGUCGGCAUCAACUAGUGGCGUGCCUAAGGCAUGGCGAUACCGCCAGUUGUUUGAGAACGCUCUCCGCUCCCGCAAGGUCUUCGAGCACCUCGGACGACUGGAGAAAGACUUCAAAUGGGGACGGCUGAAAGCGGAGAAGUGGAAGCGCACCGUUGGAUUCCUCCUGGAUUUGUGGGAGGGAUGGUGUUGCUUUACCCAUUCCAGCCAGGUGCAUUUCAAGCAAGUGUUUGAAAAGCCGCCCCUGACGGAGGAAGAGCUACGAAUACAGGAGGAGACAGAGAAGGCUAAUGCAGAGCGCGCUGCUGUUGCGUUUGCCAGAAGCAAGAACCGAUGGAAGACCGUCGAUGCGGAUAAGCGGGAUGGAAAGUUUAUGAGUGACACCGAUGGUGUGCCAAUGGAGAAUGGCACCCGCGAGGACUGCCAUGGUGUCUCAAUCGGAGACAACGCCUUGGGGCAUAUGUCAGGUGCUUCAUAUGGACACGACAACCCAAAUGAUGCUGAUCAUGCAGCAAUUGAAGCCAGUGACCUCGACAUCGGUGUCGGAAAGCCCAUGACCGAGACACUGUUGGGCAAUGAUGAUACCCAAACUCAACAACCACACUCCUCUGACAAACUCAAGCAAUUACCUGGGCAGCAAGAGACCGGAACCCGACGACUCAAGCCGCGUCCCAAAGCUGAAGACAUGUUUGCAUCGGAUUCGGAGUGA